AAAAGAACUAAUUAAGAGCUGGCAACAUAGUUGUAAAGUUCGGCGUGUCAAUAUGCAUUUGCCCCGAGGCGCAUUAAGUUUUGUGUUUAUCACAUGCAUGAUGUUUGCCCUGACAAGCGGCCAUCCAUCAAACGACAAGCUUAAAAUUCGCAUCCAUGUGCCGGUGAAGCAUCACACGCAUAUCCACACCAAGACAGUCAUAAAGAAAGUGCCGCUGCCCAUUCCGGUGCCGGUCAAGGAGCAUAAGGAGCCGAAGAAGCAUCAUCGCAGCAGUCACAGCCAUCAUUAUCAUGAGCAGGAUGAGCUCGAUGAUGACUUUGAGGGUUACGAGUAUCCUGUCAAGGCCAAGCGGCGCACGCGGCAUCCUUUUGUCUAAUAAUCCCGCACACCAGUGGGCGUCCACGCAAUGUGGGCGUGUCCCCAAAAUGAGAACCAAACGCACACACAUACUCACAUAUACGUAACUUUCGCAUAUUAAGCAAAUAAAAACCAAAAUAAUGAUCGA